AUGGCUGUGGUGCCAGGGAGGUCCCUAAAGGCAAAGGUUGCCGGAAAGAAGGUGGCUAAGGAGGAGGUCCCUGCAUCGACCAGCAGCAGCAAGGCGGUGGCCAUUUCGGCACCGCCCAGCAACACCAGCAGCAAGCAGCCCAGCAGCGGGCCCGGCGGCGCGCCGCCGCCGGGCGCAAACCUCGCCGCGCGCGGCGGCCCGAGCGCGGGCGGCCUCGGUGCCGGCCCUGGCGGCGCGCAGGGCGGCGCGGCGGGCCAGGGCGGCGGCGGCGCCCGUGAGAAGCCCGGCCUGCCAGUGCUGACAGAGGCGUCGAUGCGCUCGUAUUUUGCCGAGCCCCUGCCCAGCUUCCGGGACGUCCCGCCCGCCGAGAAGCAGCUGCUCUUCGUGCAGAAGCUGCACCUCUGCUCCUUCUCUUUCGACUUCUCGGACCCCUCCAAAACCGUCCGCGAGAAGGAGCUCAAGCGGCAGACGCUGCUGGAACUCGUGGACUAUGCCAACAGCGGCCAGGGCAAGUUCACAGAGGCGGUCAGCGAGGACAUAGUGUUCAUGCUGAGCCAGAACCUGUUCCGGACGCUGCCGCCCAGCCGCAGCCACGACGUGGACAACUUUGACCCGGAGGAGGAGGAGCCGCUGCUGGAGCCGGCGUGGCCGCACCUGCAGCCCAGGGGUUCCGUGGCAGUCGCAGGCGGCGCGGCCGUGGUGAUGCGGGCUGGUGCAGUCGCGCUGCCAGGGCGCGGCAACGGCCAUGCCGGCAGGCAGCCAGCCGCAACACGUGCUGACAGCAGCAGAAGCUCGGCACUGAUGAUCGUCUACGAGUUCCUGCUGCGGUAUGUGGUGUCCAACGAUACGGACGCCAAGGUGGCCAAAAAGUAUGUGGACCAGGGUUUUGUGCUGCGGCUGCUGGAGCUGUUUGACAGCGAGGACCCGCGGGAGAGGGAUUACCUGAAGACCAUCCUGCACAGGAUCUACGGCAAGUUCAUGGUCCACCGGCCGUUCAUCCGCAAGGCCAUCAACAACGUGUUCUACCGCUUCAUAUUCGAGACGGAGCACCACAACGGCAUCGCGGAGCUCCUGGAGAUACUGGGCUCCAUCAUCAACGGCUUUGCCCUGCCGCUGAAGGAGGAGCACAAGGCGUUCCUGGUGCGCGCGCUCAUGCCGCUGCACAAGCCCAAGUGCGUCGCCAUGUACCACCAGCAGCUCGCAUACUGCGUCACACAGUUUGUGGAGAAGGACCCGAAGCUGGCGGACCCGGUGCUGCGGCAGCUGCUCAAGUUCUGGCCUGUUACCAACAGCCAGAAGGAGGUGCUGCUGCUGGGGGAGCUGGAGGAGGUCCUGGAGCUGACUCAGCCGGCGGAGUUCCAGCGCGUGCUGGUACCCCUCUUCCGCCAGCUGGCGCGGUGCCUCACCAGCGCCCACUUCCAGGUCGCGGAGCGCUCCCUGUUCCUGUGGAACAACGAGUACAUAGUCAGCCUUGUGGCGCAGUUCAGGCACGACGUGCUGCCCAUGGUCUUCGGGCCCCUGCAGGACAAUGCGGACAACCAUUGGAAUCCGGCGGUGCAUGGGCUGUCGCUCAACGUGCGGAAGAUGUUCCAGGAGCUGGACGAGCAGCUGUUUGAGGAGUGCCGGCAGCAGUGGGAGGAGGAGCAGCAGCACCAGCGCCUGCUGGAGGAGCAGCGGCGGCGGCGCUGGGCCGACGUGGCGCAGGAGGCGACCAAGAGCGCCACCGCGCGCGGCCUGCCGAACGGCGCGAUCGGGAACGGCAGCGAAACGUACACGCCGCUGCUGAUACGCAGCCAGUGA